UUAACGUAUUACGUUGGCCGGUGUCGUAUAUUUUGCAGAAUCACCAUGGCGUUGAAAGAGACUGCAGGGUUGUACGAGACACUCAAAGCGGAGUGGAACAAGAAAAACCCAAGCCUGAGUAAAUGUGGGGAACUUCUCAGCAAACUUAAGGUUUCCUUACUGGAGCUGAAUUUCUUACCUACCAGUGGGUCCGCGCUCACUAAGCAGCAGCUCAUUUUAGCUCGUGAUGUCCUUGAAAUUGGAGCCUUGUGGAGUAUCCUGAAGAAGGACAUCCCAUCCUUUGAGAGAUACAUGGCCCAGCUAAAAUGUUACUACUUUGAUUACAAGGAUGAACUGCCUGAAGCUGCCUACAUGCACCAGUUACUUGGACUGAACCUGCUCUUCCUGCUCUCACAGAAUCGUGUGUCAGAGUUUCACACAGAACUUGAGCGACUGAGUGCACGAGAUAUUCAGACCAACGUAUACAUCAGACACCCCGUGUCCUUAGAGCAGUACUUGAUGGAGGGAAGCUACAACAAAGUAUUUCUUGCCAAAGGCAACAUCCCUGCUGAGAGCUACACCUUUUUUAUAGAUAUUCUGCUUGACACAAUUCGUGAUGAGAUUGCAGGUUGCAUAGAGAAAGCAUAUGAGCAGAUCCAGUUCAGUGAAGCCACCCGUGUGCUUUUCUUCAGCUCCCCAAAAAAGAUGACAGAGUAUGCCAAAAAGAGAGGAUGGAGUUUGAGCCCAGAUGGCUAUUACUCUUUCACCAGUCAGCAGCAGCGGACGGAAGAGGUGACCAUCCCCUCUACAGAGCUGGCACAACAGGUCAUCGAAUAUGCACGACAGCUGGAAAUGAUUGUGUAAUCCACCCCCAGGAACACACUCAACCAUGUACAGACACACACGCCAGUAUACAUCCAGUCAGCUCAAAUGCAGUUUCCCUGAGGAAUAUGAUUUAAGCGGUUGCCGGAGUGGUUGAUUUGUUUCCCAUCAAAAUUUACAAAAACAUUAGAUGCAACAUUAGAAUUUUAUAAAAGCUGGUGGCAAAAAAACAUGAACUUCAAAUCCAGCGACUGCAUUCAGUGGUUUGAGUCUCAGCUCUGUUACAACUAAAAGAAAGCUGGUCAUAAUCAACCACCCUGUGACACUGUCAGUGUCACACAAAACUGUCAACACAACUCAACAUUACUUUCCCCAAAAUUCAAGCAAACACUUUUUGUAUACAAUGCUCAUUUUCUCCUUAGUAGAGCUCACAGAAAUGUAUUGCCCUUGCCUUGUAUCCUAGCAACUAAGAGAAUUGCCAUAGAAGUUUGAGUGUUUUCUAAAUGGUAAUGCCUCUUCCUCUCUAUAUGGUUUGUAAUCCAGUUGAUCUUACAAUGCAAAUCUUUGUCUGCAAUAAAUGAUUCAG